GGAAUGCAUUUUUACAAUGGUCCACACCAAAUAAGAGAACUGAACACCAAAUGCUGCUUUUCUCAGGGUGCUGUCUUCAUUUUCUGCCUAUUGGCCUAGUUAGGGGAGUAAGGGAAGACUAUGUAUUGGUGUUUCUUUAUUUUGGUGUAGGCCCAUCGUAAAACCCCUGGACAGAUUUUGUCCUAAUGCUUUUGAAGGUGUGGCGCCAUCCCUGGUCACCACUAUGAACCCAGAGCUCAGCUUCUGCAAUCUACAAUCUACUUCUGCAUUUUGCUUGAAGUGUGUGUGUGUGUGUGUAUCUGUGUGUGUGUGUGUGUGUGUGUGUGUGGCACAUCUGUGCAUGUUCCACUAUAUAAGAAUCAGAUGCUGAUCGUCUGUUACAUUCACCCCAUUUUCAACUGAGCUCUUCCACUCUACACACGUCUCAAAUAAAACAUCUCAGGAUGAGGGUCAGUGUGGUUCUGCUUUGUUUCUACUUGUGUUGUGUUCAGCUCCAGAGAGCUGAUGACCAGCUUCUGCACAACAGUCAUGUGGAACGAUCAGAGCCAGACCAAACCAACGUCCAGCCUGAUGUGCGGACCGAGCUGAGAGACGUGGUGGUGGAGCAGAGGGAGCAGCUUGAGUUCACUCAAAGCCAGAUUGAACAGCUGAAGAAACAAAACACAGCUUUGGAGGGGAGAGUGGUCUCUACUGAAGUGGGUGUGGAAGCACUGAGAGAGGAGAACGCAAACACACCAAAGUUGGCGUUCUCAUUUGCUUCAGGCUUAAAUGGGAAUCUUGGGCCUCUCCCCAACGACACCAUACUGGUUUUCAAAAAAGAAAUCACAAAUUUUGGAAAAGCAUACAGUAAAAUAACAGGUGUUUUCAUUGCUCCACUCAGAGGAGUCUAUUACUUCAGGUUUAAUGUACUUGGUUCCAGCAGUUCACACAUGCUGGCUGUAUGUUUGUACAAAAAUGAAGAGAAAGUUUUAGACGUGACUGAAUACCCGAAAGGAACAUAUAAGUACGCCAUUGGUGGAGCCACUCUGCUGCUGCAGAAAGGAGAUCAUGUGUAUGUUAUGCUCAGAAGUAACAGUCAGAUUAAUGACAACAGUGACAACCAUUGCAAUUUCAGUGGUUUUCUGCUGUUUGCGAAGUGAAAUGCUUUUAGUGCUGAGGGAAAAGAGGAAUUAGUACAGCGCUAAAAUCUCAUAAUCAUCAUAUGGAAAUACACUGCAUGUAUUUUCAUUUUUUACAUGUUAAAUGCCUUUCAUAUAUGUUGUGUUUCAAUAAAAAAUGCAUUCCAAGUUCUAUUUUUUUUUCAUGACAUACUGCAAAUGGACUGUGUACCAAAUACUUAGAGUACAUUUAA